AUGUAUCACGACAACCAAGCGCGUUCUCCUGGCUCUCAGCGUCACCAGCAGCCUUUGCAUCGUCAGCCUUCGCGACAGUUUGACGCGUACGGUCCUAUGCCUGUGAAUCUGUACGAGGAUCCUAUGUCUCGCUACGAGACCGGCCGUCUGGAGCGUCUGAACCCUUCACUACACAACAACAAUUAUGCCUAUGAUCUUUCCGGUUCGCAGACUUGGAACCCGAAUGGCUUUGCCAACCCUCAGGCUCUUGGAGCCAUUCGGUCGGCCUCCACCAGCUUGAAGACUACGUCUCGCACAGGAAGAUCCGGCUUGCCUACGACCUGGCUUGAUCAGCAGCCGGGUAUGCCUAGUGCCUUCUCGAACCUUGGACCCGGCCCCCUUCAAAGCAGCGCGAUGCGUCCAGAAGCAUCCGCAUCCUCGGAGGCCGACGAUGAGCUGAUUCCGACGGCGAUUGUUAUUAAGAAUAUUCCUUUCGCUGUUAAGAAGGAGCAGCUCGUACAGUUAAUGACCGAGCUGAAUUUGCCGCUGCCGUAUGCGUUCAACUACCAUUUUGACAACGGCGUUUUUCGGGGUCUGGCAUUCGCGAACUUCACAUCCGCGGAGGAAACAGCAACAGUCAUCGAGGUUCUGAACCACUUUGAGCUUCAAGGACGGAAGUUGAGGGUCGAGUACAAGAAGAUGCUGCCGCUUCAAGAGCGCGAACGCAUUGAACGGGAGAAGCGCGAGCGUCGGGGCCAGUUGGAAGAGCAACAUCGGCCCAUGGCUACCUCCCAGCUUCAGACCCAGAGCUCUAUGUCCUCGCUGACUUCUCACCUCCCCGCGACAUCUCCGUCGCCCGUCUCUCAGCGUGGCCAGAAGCUAGAGGUCGAUUUGAAUGACAGCACGACGCUAUCAUAUUAUUCCCAACUUCUUCUGUUCAAGGAGGAUACCGGUCGCGAUACACUGGUUUUCCCUUCAAACCUUUCCCCGGUUCAGCGUCGUACCGUUCACACUCUUGCCCAUAACAUGGGCUUGGGUCACGCUUCGCGCGGAUCUGGGGAACAGCGACAGGUGCAUGUGUUCAAGGUGGCCCCUGGCACAAAUGUGAGCCCUCCAUUGUCAUCGAUUCCCGCCGCCGUCCAGCCUUCCGAAACAGCCCGUCGCGGACUGAACCGCGCGGCGACGAUUGAUUUUAGCGAAGCGCGCAAUGAAGGUCCUGGCCCCUACGGCACCCUUCGAGGGCAGGCCUCAGGAUUCCUUGGUGUUCUCGAUUCCCCAGGAAAUUUUGGAAAUGCCCAAAAUCUACGUGCGGCGAAGUCGUUCGCAGACCUACGUUCCUAUACUCCGUCGCCAGUGCCUUCGUCCGCGAGCUUCCCGGCGGCCCUGCAGUCGAAUGGUGCACGCCUCCAGCAUUAUGAGGGUGCCACCAGUGGCGCCUCGAACACCCCGACGCUCACGCCUGCCCCAUCUGGAUCGUCUUUGGGCAUGCCGCGGGAUGAUAAUUUGUUAGUGAACAGUCUCAGCAGCCUUUCUCUGGGAACUGGAAUUGGUGGGCCUAGCUCAAGCCCACGGAGAUUGCGGGGUAUGUUUUCUUGGGAACAGCCGGAAAGUCAACCUUCCAGUGCUGGACCCAUCGGUAGUAACCGAUCCAUCGGAGUUGGAUUUGACGGACAGUCACAGGAGCGCGUGCCAAUUAGGCAGCCGAGAGGCCCCCUGCCCGAAAAGGGCCCAGGUUUUCGACGCCCAAACGGACACCAAUCGCGUGGCAGCGACGAAUUGCGGACCAACUCCGGCGUGGAAAUCAUUGUGGAGUAA